UGGAAGCAGAAAUCACCUUGCUCAUUGUUGACAAUAGCUUUGCCAUGUGCAAGUCUGCCUUUGCUGGGGACAAUGCCCUCAAGCCAUGUUCCUCUCCAAUAUCAGGCACCCCCGGCACCAGGGCAUGAUGGUGGGCAGGGGCUAGAACUCCUAUGUGGGCAAUGAGGCCCAGAGCGAGCAGCAUCCUGACCCUGAAGCACCCCAUGGGGCAGGCCUCGUCACCAACUGGGACCAAAUGGGGAAGAUCUGGCACCAUACCUUCCACAACAGGCUGCACGUGGCCCACAAGGAGCACCUGGUGCUGCUGAUCGAGGCCCCCAAGGCCAACAGAAAGAAGAUGAUUCAGAUCAUGUUUGGGGCCUUCAACACCCCAAUUAGGUACAGGGCCAUUCAGGUCACCCUGUCCCUGCAUGCCUCUGUCAGCGCCAUUAGCACCAUUGCGGACUCAGGCGAUGGGGUCACCCACACUUGCCCAUCUUCAGGGAUAUAACCACCCUCCCCCAGUCAGACUGUGUUUGGCCCUGGCUGGCCAGGACCUUGCCGACUACCUGGUGAAGAUCCUCAUGGGGCCUGCUACAGCUUCAUCACCACAGUGGAGUAGGGGAUUUGUGCGUGACAUCCAGGAAAAUCUGUGCUAUGUUGCCUUGGACUUGCAGCAGGAGAUGGCCACUGCUGUGUCCUCUUCCUCCCUGGAGAAGAGCUAUGAGCUGUUCCACAGCCAGGUGGUCACCAUCAGCAAUGAGUGGUUCUGGUGUCCAGAGGCACUGUCCCAGCCCUCCUUCCUGGGCAUGGAAUCUUGCUGCAUCCAGGAGACCACCUUGAACUCCAUCAUGAAGUGGGAUGUGGAUAUCUGCAAGGACCUGUACACCAAUGUGGUGCUGUCUGGCAGCAUUGCCAUGCACCCAAGCAUCACACACAGGAUAUAGAAGGAGAUCACUGCCCCGGCACCCAGGGCCAUGAAGAUCAAGAUCAUGGCUGUCUCUGAGCACAAGUAUUCCAUGUGGAUCAGCAGCUCCAUCCUGGCCUCACUGUCCACCUUCCAGCCAAUGUGGAUCAGCAAGCAGGAGUGCCACCAGUCAGGCCCUCCACUGUUCAAUGCAAAUGCUUCUAAAUGGACUGGGAGGAGAUAUGUAGCCUGUGAUGCCUGAGUCAAUUCAGAAGUAUAAAUUUGUCCCUGGCAAAUGUAUACAUCUCAUGCUAGCCUUAGGAAACUGAAACAACCCUUUGAAAAGAAAUUUGUCAGGCUGGUUGCAGUGGCUUAUGCCUGUAAUCCCAGCACUUUUGGAGGCCCAGGCGGACGGAUCACCUGAGGUUGGGAGUUUGAGACCAGCCUGACCAACAUGGAGAAAGCCCGUCUCUACUAAAAAUACAAAAUGAGCUGGGCGUGGUGGUGCAUGCCUGUAAUCCUAGCUACUCGGGAGGCUGAGGCAGGAGAAUCGCUUAAACCUGGGAGGCGGAGGUUGCAGUGAGCUGAGAUCGCAUCAUUGCACUCCAGCCUGGGCAACAAGAGUGAAACUCCAUCUCAAAAAAAA